UGUACUAAGUAUGGAGAUGGUGCACGCCAUCAGCCCCCCUCCCAUAUCCUGUCUGCUGGGAUUCUCACUCUAUGCAGAGGAUGUUUGUGCUGGAUGUAUCCUCCCUUCCCUUACCGACUAGGGAAGGAGAGAACAACCAUGUCUGCGGAGGCAGAGUGUAACGCACUUGAGAAAGCCGAUAGUCUAGCACGCGGAGCGGCUCUGAAAUGGGCAUCUGGUGUAUUUUGUCGCCCUGACCAGCUGGCACUUCUUGGUCAGUAUCGGAGACGGGAGACACAGCGCAAUAACUCCAUCCAGUCUCGGCUAAAGUCAGCAAUUCAGUCGUAUUUGGAGGGAGUUGAUCUUGGCCUCUCUCAGCUUCGAGCGGCACACACCGAGGUUCACCAUAUCCAAAAGGCCCUCGGUGAGGCUCAGGAGAUCUGGCGGGCCAGUGAAGGGUCGCUAAGCCACCAAGAGACCAUUCAGCAAUUGGUGAUGGAGCACACCCAGCUGUCUGUGGUCAUACAAAGUUUGCCUCAUGUCUAUGCAGUGCCCAAGCUGAUUGAUCAGACAAAGGAGUUCAUUGAAAAGCAGCAACUACUGGAGGCUCAUGUCAAUCUGCGGGAUUUGGAGAGCCUGAGAGACAAUGUGCUGUACAGGCUACAGAAGGCUGGGCCGUUGCUGAGCGCCACUGAGGUUGGCCAGCAGAAUGGGGAAGCUUUGGAUCUGGUCAGACAGUUUUUUGCCAGGGUUCAGGAUCUGAGUGAGGAAUUGGGUGGUGCCAUCUUCUCCCUGGCUCACUCAGCACUGACUGUGGCACGCUGUGACCCGACAAUCCUGGUCUCUGCUGUCCGCAUUAUUGAGCGAGAGGAAGUUCUAGAUGUUGAAGAGUCGAGGGGUCCUCCACAGCUCUUGUGGAAACCUCCAGGACGACCCAAGCGAUGGAGAGAUAAAUUCUUCCAGGCCCUGGAGAAGGGUGUCUGUGAGAGACUAGUGGAAUCCAACAUAGAGUCAGAGGAAAUAAAUCCAACAGACCUGGCCAUACAUUUAAAGGACAUCCAGUGCCGGAUGGUAGAAGAGCUUCUUGCUGCAUCUGCAGUACUAGUGCCGUGUGUUCCUCCACACUAUGACCUGUGCCGAAAUAUUGGUAAAAUGUGUCACCAAAUCAUCUCUCACCACCUGCGCGAGAUUCUCAAUCACAACCUUUCUCAUCCUGCUCUGUACCGUGUCCUUCACUGGAUAACUAUCGUCUACCCCAGCGAGGACCUGAUGGCACACCCUGAACUGUCUCCAGAGAUUGAAAUAUCUGAGCUGGGACCACUUAUCCCUACAGAAGUGAUGGACGAGCAGAUGAACCGUUAUACACGCAGUGUGCGGGCCUGCCUGAGCCAAUGGAUACAUAAUGCGCUGGACGUGGAAUAUUCUGAUUGGUUGAGGAAUCAGGAGCCAGAUAAAGACCAAGAUGGCUUCUACCUGUCUGGUGUGCAGCAGAUGGUCAUGCAGAUGCUGAUGGAGAACAUUCAGUUGGCGUCUGUCCUGGGUGAGGGGCUGGAGAGCCGCAUGAGGACGGCUGUGCUCUGCGAGAUGGAGAACUGCCUGAUAUGGUUACGGGAGACUCUGGUGAAAUACGGGAUAGAACAUAUGAAGGAGCGAACCUUCCCGCCACAUUAUAUCCUCUACCUUCUGGCCAUUAUAAACGCAUGCUCCGCUCUCAGUUCUUCCAUUGGACAGUUACAGCCAGAGGAGUCCCAUAUUCGUGCAUUCAGUAAAGCUGCUCCGUGCCUGCAGACAUCCCUGGACAAAACCCAGAAGAAAGCCUGCCAUCUACUGCUGGAUGAGCUGCAGACCGACAUUCAGCCUCUUUUCCGGAACAGCCCGUCUCGUUCUUGGUUGUCUGCUUCAGACACUGUACAGAUAAUCUGUGAGAAGAUGGAUAAUUUUGGCCAGCACCUUUCCCAAGUACGCUCACCAUUAAACCAGUAUCUGCUGGCACAGGUGGAAAGAAUGGUUACCAUCGAGUAUGUCAAAGCUCUGCUCCACAGUAAACUGGCGUGCCGGAACUGUGCCGAGAGGCUGCAGCUGGCGCAGAGGAUGUCUAUGGAUGCCGAGGAGCUGAAAUCUUCCCUCCACAGGAUGAGCCUAGAAGAUUCAACUCUCUGUGUUCCCCUCAUCCUCGCGCUUCAGGAAUUAUUUGCCCUGAAGGAUCCAUCACUGCUGAGUCUGGAAAUAUCAGGACUGAUGAGUGCCUACCCCGACAUCAGUGAUGAUCAUGUCUUGGCAUUACUGGAACUGAGGGGUGACGUGAGCCGCGACAUCCGCCAUACUGUUCUCAACACAAUGCGGCGUCAGGCCCUCUCGCUUCCGGAAGAUUUUCGCCCAAUUUUCAUCAGUAUCCCCGUCCCCGCCCCUCCUCCUCCAUUCUGCCUCCACCCCAGUUCCUGCGCCUGAACUUCCACAAAUCAGCUGUGGGGUUGAACCAUGGCAGGAACUGCCAGAAUGCCCCACCAUAUUUCUGUGUAAAACAAAAAAUAAUUUUAUACUAUGUUAUGAAAUAAAAAAAAAUGGAAAACAUU